AGCCAUGUGGUCCAACCACUUCCUCUGAUUGUGUCAACCCCCUGUGCGUGUGUGUGUGUGUGUCUGUGUACUGAGAGAGCCAGUAGAGAACUUGUUUGAGUUGGGAGAGGAUCAUGAAGAACAGAGCUGAGAGGAGGAGAUUGGUCCACAGUGCACACGUGUCUCCCCAGAGGCCACACUAUCACUGGCCAGUGAACAGGAGUGUAGACACAGGCCUUGCUCCUUACCCCCCAGCCACACUCCAGCACACCCACUGGGGCUUUGUGGAAAUUAAGCCAGAGGUUCAGACGGUUCUGGAGCCUGUUUCACCCUUGGAUCUUCGUACGGAUGUGAGGAUGCUGGGCCCGGGGACAGACCCGAGCGUGUGGGAGAAGCAGCUACAGCAGGAGCUGCUCCUGAUCCAGAAGCAGCAGCAGAUCCAGAAACAGCUGCUCAUCACAGAGUUCCAGAAGCAGCAUGAGAACCUGACCCGACAACACCAGGCCCAGCUGCAGGAGCAUCUCAAGCUUCAGCAGGAGCUCCUGGUCAUGAAGCAGAAGCAGGAGCUGCUGGAGAAGGAGAGGAAGCUGGAGCAGCAGAGCCAGGAGCAGGAGCUGGAGAGACACCGCAGGGAGCAGCACAUCCUCAUCCUGAGGAGCAAGGAGCGUGCCCGAGAAAGUGCGGUGGCCAGCACAGAGGUCAAGCAGAAACUCCAGGAGUUUCUCUUGAGUAAAUCUACCAAGGACCCGGGCGCCAACGGUGUCAGUCACCCCCUGGGCCACCACCCCAAACUCUGGUACACAGCUGCCCAUCACACCUCCCUUGAUCAGAGUUCACCCCCCCUGGGCGGGACAUCCCCCACCUACAAGUACACCCUCCCCUCAUCUCUGGACAACAGGAAUGACUUUCCGCUGAGAAAGACAGCCUCUGAGCCCAACCUGAAAGUGCGGUCGCGGUUGAAACAGAAGGUGGCAGAGAGAAGGAGCAGCCCCCUGAUGAGGAGAAAAGAUGGCAGUGUCAUCACACCCUUCAAAAAGAGGACACUCGAGUUCAUAGACUCCACGGUCAGUAGCAGUGCUCCAGGAUCGGGUCCCAGCUCCCCUAAUGGAGCGUCCAGUGCCCUGGGAGCUGAAAACGGACCCUCCUCCCUGCCGACCACCACUCAAACUGAGCGCUGGCCCACACAUCAGAGAGUACUGAAGCCUGAAGAGUCGAUGACCUUGCUGAGUCUCUACACAUCUCCUUCCUUGCCCAAUAUCACCUUGGGCCUCCCGGCUGUAUCUUCCCCCAUAAAUGCUGCUAUGGCACUGAAAGAGAAGCAGGGAGAUGGCAGGAGUGUGACGGCAGCGAGGCCGGCUCUGCCCAAUCACUUCCUCGGCACUGUGCCCCUUCAACCUGGCCUGGCCCCUGUCGCCCUGGAGACCAAGGUCAACAGCAGUCACCAGGCUCUCCUGCAGCACCUCCUCUUGAAGGAGCAGAUGAGGCAGCAGAAGAUUCUCUCCACUGGCCCAGGCAGCACCCCCGUCCUUCCUCAGUCCCCCUUAGCCAUGAAAGAGCGACCGGCCUCAAGCGUGCGCCACAAACUCCCCCGACACCGGCCCCUGAACCGGACCCAGUCAGCACCUCUCCCUCAGAGCACGCUGGCCCAGCUGGUCAUCCAGCAGCAACACCAGCACUUCCUGGAGAAACAGAAACAGUACCAGCAGCAGGUCCACAUCAAUAAGAUGCUGUCAAAGUCCAUUGAACAGCUACGCCAGCCCAAUGCUCACCCACAGGAGUCUGAGGAAGAGGACACUAAGGAGCAGCCUAUGCAGGAGGACAGGGUGCCCCCUAGUGGUGUCAUCCGGAAUGGGAGCCAGAACAACAGCAGCAGCAGCAGCAUCAGCAGCAUCAGCAGCAGCAGCAGCAGCAGCUCUGAUGGAGAACUCCCUGGGUCACACCUGGGGGUCAUCAAGGUCAAAGAGGAGCCGCCUGACAGUGAAGACGAGGGCCUGGCCAAUCAGAGCAAAGCAGCCACGCAGAGCACCUACCUGCACCAGGUAAAGGGGAAAGAUUUUGCCCAGAGGUUGGUAAUAAGGGCCAUCAUAAGCCGGGCGAAGGCGCCGCCUUCAUUCCUCUGCCAGCAUACCUGCCCCAUGCCCCACGCCGGCCCGGCUGGCGCUCUGUGGCUCGGCGACCGCGGCCGCCGCUCUCUGAGUCCGAGUCGUGGGGACGCGGUGAAUGGCUUCCCCGGGACCCCCAGUCUGGGACGCCUCAUCCAACGAGCGGCUCACGUUCCGCUCUCCUCACGAGACUUCCGUCUCUUGACAGCUGAGCCAGGGUGCAUCCAGCAGUUCCGCUGGUACCAGGCUCAGCUGGUGACUGUCAUGGCUACCCGAGUUGAGGCAAAACCCCUGCCGGGUGCCAGGGUCCAGCCGCCUCCGCUGGACUCUCCCCCUCGGCAGCUCGCAUUGCUCGGGCAGACCGGCGCGUCUGCCCACUCCACUGGCCUGGUGUAUGAUGCUGGAAUGCUGAAGCACCAGUGUGUGUGUGAUAACUACGCUAAUCACCUGGAGCAUGCAGGCCGUGUCCAGAGUAUCUGGGCCCGCUUGCAGGACUGUGGCCUGGUGGACUGCUGUGAGCGCAUCCUUGGCCGUAAAGCUAGUCUGGAGGAAGUCCGAUUGGUCCAUUCUGAGCGCCACACUCUCCUGUAUGGAACAAACCCACUGAACAGGCAGAAACUUGACCCAAAGAAGCUGCUGGGCUCCACCCCUCAGGACAACUUCACAGUAUUGCCUUGCGGUGGAUAUGGGGUGGACAGUGACACAGUUUGGAAUGAGCUGCACUCAUCCACGUCGGCACGCACGGCUGUGGGCUGUGUCAUCGAGCUGGCGUCCAGAGUGGCCUCAGGAGGGCUGGAGAACGGCUUUGCUGUGGUGAGACCUCCCGGCCACCAUGCAGAGGAAUCUACAGCCAUGGGGUUCUGCUUCUUCAACUCCAUUGCGAUCGCUGCAAAGUACCUGAGACAGAAGUUGAACGUCGCCCGAAUUUUAAUUGUGGACUGGGAUGUUCACCAUGGCAACGGCACACAGCAGGCCUUCUAUGCUGACCCUGCCGUCCUCUACGUCUCCCUGCAUCGCUAUGAUGAAGGGAACUUCUUCCCUGGGAGUGGAGCCCCUGAUGAGCGUGGAAGCGGCCUUGGCGAGGGCUAUAAUGUAAAUAUUGCUUGGACAGGUGGCCUGGAUCCACCCAUGGGAGACGUGGAGUACCUCGCAGCUUUCAGGACAAUAAUCAUCCCUCUUGCCCAUGAGUUUGAUCCUGACGUGGUGCUGGUGUCAGCUGGGUUUGAUGCCAUGGAAGGUCAUGAACCACCGCUGGGCGGGUACAAAGUCACAGCUAAAUGUUUCAGUCAUCUGACCCGGCAGCUGAUGCAAGUGGCCCGGGGACGUGUGGUCCUGGCACUGGAAGGGGGACAUGACCUGGGUGCCAUAUGCGAUGCGUCAGAGGCCUGCGUCAACGCGCUGCUGGGAAAUGAGCUGGAGCCCCUCUCUGAGGACGUUCUCCACGCAAAACCGAACGCAAACGGCGUGACCUCCAUUACGAAAACCAUCCAAGUUCACAGUAAGCACUGGAAAUGCCUAAAAAGGUAUUCCCCUACUGUUGACCUAUCACUCGCCGAGGCCUCGAGUCAGGAGAAGGAUGAGACAGAAGCUGUCAGAGCAAUGUCACUGCUCUCGGUCGAUGUGAACCUUUCAUCAAAACCAGAAGAAGUCAGGGCUGCCCCUGAGCCAAUGGACGAGGAGCCAGUUCUGUGAAGUGCCAAGUCUUCCCAGCCAUUUCCUGUCUGUGACAUCAUUGUGUAUCCCCAGAAGGCACCCUGAUCCGUGUCUUGUCUACUGCCUGGGUGGCGCACAUCGCACGGAACGUAAACACGGGGCGCAGGACUCAUUUCACUUGUUCCUUGAACACAUAUGAAAGCAGAACUCUGGCUCUCGUCAUUUUUUGGGAUGCUAUUUCAAGCACAGAGUCGCUCUCGAUUAGGAAUAUGUCUUUCAUCGUGGUGAAAUGCUGACACAUUAUGGCUCCAGAUAUUUUGUUUCAUAUGUUUGUUUUUUUAAGUAUACAAAACACCUUUUCAAAUUUUCAGAUCAUUUUAGAUAUCAUGGAGGCACUUUCUCCAAUUUUUUUCUUAUGAAAGCAUUUUGAAAGAGCAUGCUAGUCUUUUGUAACUACAAAGUGAUGGAGGUGACUUACUAUUUUUCUAGUUACAUUUGUACUCUCACAAAAAUAUCUAGCCAAGAGGGCCUUCACUGGGCAGGAAAUUAUACGCCAUGCUUAUAACCAUUUAUCCUUGGAUGCCAAUGGGGUUUUCAAGAUCUAAACUAGCCGACUCCAUAAUUGUGAGUAACACAACAAUCAAUGAAGUGCUAUUUCUUCAGGAGUGACACAUGAACGAUUUCCCCUCAAUGAAAGCAAUUAUGUUGAAGAUUCUCCAACAGUUCCAAUGCCUCUUUAAAAACUAACAUAACUAUGAAGGAGGCUGUUUAAUGGCAUUGAAAUGGUUCUAAUUUACAAUGUUCCUGUGUUUGUUACGCAUCCGCCUCGCCACCCCCAAACCUCCCCCCACCCCCAAGCAGCUUGAAAGCGGCACGUUGAACCCGAAACAGAGGAGCAUCGCAUGCCUGUUCACAAAUCUGAAGGGAGCCAUAACUAGAACAAGCUUUGCUCAAAGGUUACGACGAUAUGAAAGAUCAAACAAUGUGGUUCCAGUUAGGGCGAAUGGAGACCGGUAAAUCAAAGAUGAAAAGAUCUCACUCAAAUAAAAUUAUAGAUUUCUCUUUUGUCAUCAGCACAGGCAGUAUUUUUUUGGCAUGUGGGCAUGCCGCAGGGUCAGUUGUUGCAUUUCAUAAAGCGCAACUCCUCAGAUAAUUGAAUGAUGAAAUGUGAAACCAGUGAGGAAGACAUAGGAUGGGGCAUAUAUGAUCAUGUGUCCGUACAAUUUUUCUUUUGGGGGGGGUGGGGGGUGUUGGGAUUGGCCUUAUUUAUCCAAAGUCUAUACUAUAUUCUCCAAGUAGAACCUUUGAAGAAUAAGAUAAAAGCUGCAAUAGAAUCUAUGUAGGCCUACCAACUGAAAAGACAGGAGAUGAUGAAAACAUAGGAGAGCUGGUUGCAGUAAAGAAGAAGGGUUGAAAUUCCAUGAAAUUAUGAGUAGCUACAGCCCAUGUUCUGUUUUACAUUUUUAAUGAAGAAAUUAUAUACAUGUUCCUUUUUAUUCAAAUGUAAACAGUUUUUAACAAUAUAACAUUAAGUAAAAACUGAACAAUAGGAAUUUCUUCAGUGGGUUACACAUUCAUAACAAACAUUUUAGUUACAGUAACUCCAAGACUACUCUUUUUUCUUUUCCUUCCAUGAUGGUAUAUUUCAGAUGUGACUAGAAGGAAUGAAGCUCUGUUCGGCAUUAGUUUGUCCCUGAAAGUGAUUUUAUUAGCGUGCACAGUCAGAGAUUUGGUAGUGCAUUGUGAUCGAGUCCAAAAGAAGUAAAAACUGGCAACUCACACAUUACAGCUAAGUCUACGAGGUAAACCUAGCUGCGGUACAUCUGCAGUUAGCUUGACAAAUCACCUAUACGAGUACUGGAAGUAACCAGAGGGUGUGUGAUGACCUAUGUGUUGUCAGGUGCAGUACCUGACUGUCAUUUUCAUUCUAUGAAAAGUUGUCCGCGUUUCUUUAAGAGUGAGCGUGAGGGGGGCUGGUGUGGUCACUGGUGGCAUUUGUUAAACGUUUUGAAGGAGAAUGGGGUUCAGCUGGAGUUUUCAUUUUUGCCACUGGAGUGGUAAAAUGCCACCACUGCACAUUAUAGUACAUGCACUACUAUCAUUACCUGAACACAGCAUCUUGGGCAAUAGCGCUGCUACACCAAUGCCUUGAAGGCUCUGUGGUGUUCAGUAGAGCCUCCACCUGCCUCAACAAUUUCAUUCCUAUGGAUACCAACUGUUAGCAGUGUGACACAGUGGUUGAGGUGGUUGGGGUAUGAACUUGUAAGCAGAAAUUUGCACAUCAAAAUUAUGGAUGUGUCACAUUUUGUAUCAUUGAACUAUCCUCCUAAAUUCAGGGUUUCCAGAACUUUCCUGGAAAACAAGGUAUACAUUUGUCCAGUUUCCCUGAUGUUCCUUGAAUGUUAUUUUUAAGUCAUUUUAAAAAAAACAUUAUAGGAAUGGUCUCAUAUUGUCCAUAUUCAUGUCAAUUUUUCCUGAAAUAUUUGCUAAACAAAUGUUCAACAAAUCAAUAUUUUUUUUUAAAUACUGAAAAGGUUAGACACAUCCCUCCCUGAGGAGUAAUUUUUAUUAUGUGAAACGGCCAGGGGAAAUUACCAGUAAAUAUGUAUGUAACAUGCAUCAAACAUUUCUCUGAGACCAUUUUAUAAAAAAUAAAGACUGCUUGAGGAAAGCUCACCUGAUAAAAUUAUCUAACAACCAAAUAUGAAUCUAACUGGGUUCUAACUUCCCCAUUUUUCUUGAGAGGUUACCUUUUAGCUGGAAAGGUACUUAAUCUGAAUUGGUACAGCACAUAUCCAAUUGUAUAAAUGGACAGUGACUGAGAAGGGCCAUGAAGGAGGUUGUUAACGGUUUUCUGUUAGCACCUUAUUUAAUUACUAAAAGAUUAGUAUUACAAUAAUAAUAUUAAUCAUUGUAAUCAAUCAGUCUAUCCACUAUAUCCUUUCUCCUUAGUUUAAGAAAUUAAAUUUAAUCAAGAAUUGCUGUUUUUUCCAGUCACAUAAUUCUUCCUUACACAUCAUCAUAUGUUUAAGGAUUCCAGAAAUUUUAUGUGAACGACAAAGCACUGAACUCUUUAGACUGAAUGCCCCUUCCUAGCAUCUAAGAUAACAUAGAGGAAGAAUACAUUGGAGGACUUUAAGUGCUAAUCACAAUGGACCAGGACAUCUUUGCAUAUUUGCCAGUGUAAAUCCAUAUACAGGUCAUUUUUGGUACAAAGAGAUAUAAAUUACUGUGAUAUAUCUGAAUAUUUGUGAUAGACUAUCUGCCUAUCUGUGUACAACAACUUUACCAAAAUAAUCUAUUGUAACUGAUGCAGAUAGUCCAUAGAUACCUGCGUUGUCUGGUAAAGAGUAUUACAUCUUUUUAAAUAAACACUAUUAUUGGUGGUUCUACUAUAAAAUGUGUGACUGUCCAAUUGCAAACUUGCUUUAAAGAAAAUCGGCAGAUCGUUCCUUUCAUGUCAUAGUAGUUCAAAUGUAAUCAUAAUGAUUGUUCUAAUUUGCACUCAAAUGAUAAACCAAAGGGACAGUGGAUGUAUUAUGCUUUAUAAGGUGAUGGGUUCCAAUAGUCAAAUACAUAAGUCAAUGAAAACUAAAAGAAAACAGUUCAGGGAAAAGACAACAGCAGUUUCAUCAUUGGCUAAUUUACCUGAAAACUGCACACAGUCAAAUUGAUCAUUUCUGUGUGACAUCACUGUUUAUUUGUUGCUACUUUCCAAGCAAAGAGCCAAAUGAAGCUCUCCAGGGUAAACUGGACACAUCUGUUCCAAAUAAGAGUCAACCAAUAGGAGGAAUUCAUGAAUAAUUCAUUAUAAUUUUGUUUUUGGUUUAGAUGCCUCCGAGUUGGUAUAAAUGCUUUGAGACUUUGAGAAGACAGUUCGUUCUAUAGGGUUGCAAAACACAUAUUCCAGAAUAUAAAAUUGCAUUAUGAAGUAAAACAUCUGGUUAUACCUGCUAUGAUUUCAAUUGCAGUAUAUUUGCCAAAACAUCUUCAUGUAUGUUCCAAAUUAUUAAUGUGUAUUUGUUCAGAGCAUCUUUAUCAUUAACUGUAUGUUGAAAACCAUCAAUUCAUAUGACUUAUUUGCCCUCUGAAUGUAUGAACAAAAAGGAGACGUUUUUGCACUUUGACCAAAGCAUUGAGUAACAAACUCAUAUUGCCAAAAGUAAUUAUCAAUUAGAGUGUGUUAAAUGCAAGAUUGCAGUUGGAUCAAAUGCUUUCAAAGUACAUUACAGUUCAUGGGGCUCCCCUUGAAUUACAGUAGGAUAACCUAUAGGAACAUAUUUCUUAUCUAGAAACAAUUAGCUUAGUCAGUUUCCAUUCUGACAGGAUUGGCUCUUACUAUCAUAUUCUGUGUCUAUGCACAGUCUGUCUAUCCAUCCAUCCAUUAUCUAUACCCGCUUAUCCUGAUCAGGGUCAGGGGGGGUGCUAGAGCCUAUCUCAGUCUGCAUUGGGUGAGAGGCAGGAAACAGACUGUCUAUCAAACUAUAUUUAAUUAUAUCUUCAAAUAAAGCAAAUGCAUAUAGUCAAGGAGGAGCCCAAUAUUUAUAAGCCUGCCUUGAGUUAUAGGGAUCUUAUGAAGAUAUGGAGAGAGGUUCACCCUAUACAAAGUCAUAAAGUGUAUUUCUGUAUCUGGUUGGGAGGUGCCAGGUUGUAUCUAACCCCAUCAUGCAAGGUCCUGAACUAGAAAUUACAAGACUUAAAAGGUCUUACCAUUUUUGUUUAUAACUUAUGAAACAUUAGGCAUUUUGUGUUUGGUGAACACUGGAAUUAAUAAAUUUUAAAUAAGAACCUUAGACACCUGGAUGAAAUUAAGGCCAAAGUACAUUUUAGUAAUAUUCAGUCUUUCCCUGAGAGUAGUUUUUCCCUAGAUGGGUCCAGACUACUGCUAGCAAUAAUGCAACAAAUCAUAGGCUGGAUUCAAUUGUUAACUUUAUUUUACUAAUUUAUGCAUAUAUGGCAUCACUUUAUUGAAGGCCAGUUUGAUGAUUUAAUCCUACUGAUCACAGAAUUUAGCAAACUAGUUUGGUGAAGAAAAAACAGAGACGUGCGUUCUGGCUCUGAGUCAAAGUUCAAGAUAUUGACUGAAUCCAGGCCAAAAUAAUUUUUCUAACUAUUUGGUGGCUUUUCAGACAUGUGUGUGUGUUAUCAGAAUAAUCUGAAUGGCCCUUCUUUUGAGACUGAAAAGUUGAAAGGCCUACAAUUGGCAAGCAGGAAACGUUAUUAGGUCAAAUGCCUCUUUAGUGGGGGAACUUUUUGCAGUUUUCCCUUUUCAUUUUCCAAAAUCCUUUUUCUUGUCCGAUUAUUACAUUAUUAUGUUACUUUCACUGUACUAAAAACCUGUUUAGAAUAAUAUGAUCAACCAUGCUAUCCCUAUUUACAUUGAGAUGCAGUAAAGAACAAUAAACAACUUUUUUUAAAAGAUAUUCUUGUAAAAGUGAAACUAUGUAGAUAAACAGUCUAUAUGUGUAAAUAAUACCAAUGUAAUUAUAAUGGAGUGGUGUGUUUUGUUGUACUCAAUGCUAACUUUCCACUUAUUCACUGUCUAUCAUAGCCUGUUGUUCUCUCUUGUGAGUGUUUGACUUUUGGCUACAUUGUAAUAAAUCAGCUUUGGUCUGAAAAAAGAUUAUUAUCCACUAAUGAAAA